AGGAGAGCCAGACUCGGUGGGGCGAGGCCCAGGGCCCAGGCAGGGGCGAUGGAGGAGACGCUGCUCUCCACCCCCAUCAACCCCAACAACUUCCCCGCCAAACUGUGGCGGUUGGUGAACAGCCCUCGGUACCGCUCGAUUCGCUGGGACGGCCGCGGCGAGGGGCUGCUCAUCGACCAGCCGCUCUUCGAGGCCGAACUGCUGAGCCCGCCUGGGGCAGGAGCCGGCGUCGGCGGGGGCGCCGGGGGCGCCGGGGGCGCGGGGACCGAGCCGGAGCUGUUCAAAACCACCAACUUCACCAGCUUCAUCCGCCAGCUCAACCUCUACGGCUUCCGCAAGGUGGUGCUGGGCGGGCCGGGCGCGGCGGGCCCCGGGCCGGGGGGCGGCGGGCCGGCGGGCGAUGGGCCGCUGCACCACUUCCACAGCCCGCACUUCCGCCGCGACCAGCCGCAGCUGCUCGUGCACCUCAAGAGGCUCACCAGCGCCAACAAGGCCAAGCUGGCGGCCGGCCUGAAGGUGCCCUGCCGCCCGCCCAACCGCUUCCAGAGGCUGCUCAUCACGUCGGCCUCCGCCUCCGCCUCCGCGGCCUCCGCCUCCGCCUCGGCCUCCACCUCGCCGCUGCAGCACCCGGAGCCGUCGCCGCCCUCAGGGCCUCGGCCCGAGCCGCACGGACCAGUGGCUGUAGGACAGUUUCAUCGGUCAUUCCGGCGAGAUAGUCUGUCUCCUUAUUCCUACGUAUCAGCUUCAUCCCACAACCACAGUACUUUCCCUCUGAAAGGUUUAGAUCGGACCCCGAUUCCUCCUAGAACGUGGCAGAACUCCCUUGGAAUGCACCCAGGACAAGUAGAAACGUCUCCUACUUUUUCAGAGAAAGGGGUUCCAUUUCCUGUACUGCAGAGGUUUCCAACUGAGGUUACCUACACCCUGCAGCCCAGCAGCACAUCUGUACACGUUCAGCAAGGUCCUCAAACAAUGGUCAGCUCCUCCCAAAAAUACAGUAACUACACACCCUCAGCACAGUACUCCCAAGCCUACUAUCCAACAGCUGUGUUACAGUGUUGCUCUCCUUCCACCCACAUGGACGCUCUCAGUAGUUGCGUGGCUCCCACUGCCUCUACCUAUGCCCACUGCAACUACUUCCAGAAUCCUCCAAUGCAAUCCUCCUAUCCAGUUGAAUUUCUGCCUUCUAAUUGGCCUUGCAGUACCACUGAUGAAAAUAAAAAGACAGAAGUAAACCUAGAGGCUGUUUUUCGCAUCUUAGAUGAGUUGCAUUCCUCCCCUAAAUUGGAGAUGGUAAAGGUGGAGCCUGUUGAGAAUCAGUGCCCAAUAUCUCAGUCUAACAGAGGCCAACAUAUCCUACCUAAUUCAAGCAACAGCAAUUCAUCUUCCACAAGUCAGGCUAGCCAGCUGGAGCCACUCACUCCUGUAGGUUCAGAUAUUACAUCUUUUGUGGUUGGAACAGAACAAGCAAUUACCUGCUCUCUACCACAAUCACCUGAGUACAUGUAUACCAUCCACACAGCUCAGCCUGUUGAAAAUACUACCAUGCAGGAAUCUCCAGCCAUCCAGCAAACUCAUGUCAAACUGAAGGAGCAGCUAAGUAAGAAUCCAUCUCCAUCUUCAGUAGUAUUUGUGCAGGAAGGGCUGUCAUUCAGCCCACAUGAGGUGGAUGCCAGUAUAAAAUGCCAGACUAGUCCACCUGAGAAUAUUUUGCCUUCAGAACAGAUGGGAUUCCUCAUUUCAGAGAUGGGGCCUGCUAGCAAGCCGAGUAGAGACACAGGUUUAUCCACUCCGGCCAGAUACAGAGAGCGAAGAAGCAACUCACGGCAAGGAAAGUCCCCUGAUCUGCAUCUGCUGGUGGACGUGGCCUGUAAGCAGGAGCACUUUCCAAAGGAGGAGGAAUUAAAAGAGUGAGGAAUGGACGGCAUACGUGACGUUCCAGCUGUAGCUGGAAGCAGACUAGCCAUGCACAUGACGCACUGUUGGGGUUUCUUCAGUUCUGUUAAGGAAAAAUAUUUUUUUGUUUUGUUAAUUGAGAAUAUUGUUAAUUGAAAAUUUGGAAUUUGGUAUUUACCACAGCCGUUCAGUUCAGAUUGUUUACCUUGACAAACACUAACCAUCUAGCAGCUUUUCUCCCCCUGCUGCCCAGAUCCCUUUCGAAGGAAAAUUCCUGGCCUUCUCUUACAGUCCAGACGCAUCUGAAAGCUGCUGCAUCUCUGGUACUGGAAAAUCUGUGUGUGCGCUGAUUUGUCAUCUCAACACUCUCGGUCUAUGGGCAGCACAACUCAGUGGGGACUUGCAGUCCAUUCGUUUCAAGUCACAGUGUGAUUCUUUUAGAGAAGAUUGUGUGAGAAAUGAAAGCAUAUAAGGUCACCGAGACCUCAGGUCCAAAUGGUUCAGGAAUUCUAGGGAAGAAACUCGGAAAAAGAGCUAAUUUUCUAAGUGAUUAACCAGGAAAUGCUCUUAACUUUUCAAGAGCAAGGCCUUGGAAAGGCCUUCCGUUCAAGAGCAAGGCCUCCGGACUUGGACCAUCCAUCAUACUUAACAGCUUCUAAUUAUAUUAA